UUUUCCUUCGCUCCUUUUAGAUUCUUGAAGUUAGAGUAGAAGCAUCAUUUGCCUAUUUAUCUUACAAACAGUAUACCUAGCCUGGUGCUAUGUACACUGUACCUUUUUAAUAUUUUAUGAAUAAAUGCAACAGAUUCCAUAAGCUUAAUGAGAGUUAAGCAAUGAACUGGUUACCAUUUCCUCUUCAAGCUAAAGUUAACAAUUUUGGUUGAGUUAGUGAAACAGGAAGAAAGAGAACAACGAAUGGAAGGAGAAGAAAGGAAGAUGAAGAAACAGGAAAGCAAGGAAAGGAAGGAAGGGAGUGAAUAUAUUUCAGAGAUGCUUCUAACUAAAUCAGAGAAAUGAAUAAAUUCAGAGGAAGCAGGGAAAUGAUGGUGCAAUGCUGUGCAUCUCAAGGUUCUUUUGGUUUUCUCGCUGUAAUUGCCUCCAGUGACACCAGGUAUGAAUAAAGGUAUUGAGACCAUUUUAUAAUAUCAACCUCUCUCCAUUCUUCAGGGUGGUGGGAAGGACUCUUGGGGGAGAGGGUUGAAGAAAUAGAGUAGACUGCCUUGUGGAAUGUGUAAGAAAGGUCUAUUAGUAUCUGUCCCCAGAAGAAAAGAAGCCUGUGGGAUUACACAGAGUUAAUUGCUGGUAUAAACCUUUAGAUAGAGUCAAUGAGUUUCUGUUAUGUGGCCCAAUUCACCACAUAGAUGUGGGGAAAUAUCUAGAGAGAGACAUGUCCAUGACCAAAACGUUGUGAAAACUACAGUUCAGUUAACAUAUAAAUUCUUUUUUUUAAAAAAAAGACUUUAUUUACUUAUUAAAGAGAAACAUAGGAGGAGAGAGAAAGAGCCAGACGUCACUCUGGUACGGUACAAGUGCAGCCAGGGAUUGAACUCAAGACCUCAUGCUUGAGAGUCCACUGCACCACUUCCUGGACUACAUCAUAUAAAUUCUUAAUAAUUCUGCUGAGAAUAGUUGUUUCUUUAAAGCUUGGUUUUAGAAGAUAAUUACAAAAUUUCUGAGGUCAGAGCACUAACUCCCACCAGAGGACACUACUGGGGAAACAGGACAUGUGAUCUGGAAUCAGAUUAUGCUCAAGUUCUGAAACUUGUUUAUUUCCUUCAUUCAGGACAGAUUUAGCGAGUACUUGUUGUAAUUAAGGCACUGGAUCUAUCUGCAGAUGUAUUACUAAAAGAAUUAAGAUGUGUGUGAAAAGGUUAUGACAAAACACCUUGUAAGUAGUAACUAAUAAUUAUUUCAAAGAUGGUGGCUAUAUUAUGUCCAGUCUCAGAAGAAAGGUAUUAAACAAUAGUUCUAUCAUCCUUCUCUAAAAAUUUCAAUUAGUUGUGAUGAUUUAUUUAAUUCUUUGUAAGCAAUAUCCACUUGAAACUUCACCAGUGGUGCAAUUUGCAUAGGAAAUGUUAUUUGCACAGGAAAAAUAUUAUCCAGAAGUUAGUUUGGUAAUAAAUAAAUUAUAAAAGCUGAAAAACAAAUUGUAGGCAUUUAAAGUAAGCCAAGAAUAAUAUAUAUAUAUAUUAACUUUAAAAUGAUGACUCUUUUGGUGAUUGCCCAAGGUAUAAUGAGUUCAACAAGCCCAUUCUUGUGUGAUUUCUAAAGCCAAAUUCAUAUCUGAAUAGUAAAAAGGGGCCUUUCUGGUGAAUUGAAUGUGCUGGGCGGACAUGAUGCAAACAGUUACCUUUCUUGAAUUGCUUAAGCACUUUUUUUUUUUUUUUGCCUGCAGGGUUAUUGCCGGGGCUCGGUGCCUGAACCACGAAUGCACUGCUCCUGGAGACCAUUUUUCCCCCUUUUGUUGCCCUUGUUAUUCUAUCAUUGUUGCAGUUAUUAUUAUUGUUGCCGUCUUGCAUAGGACAGAGAGAAAUGGAGAGAGGCAGGGAAGACAGAGAGGGGGAGACAAAGAUAGACACCUGCAGACCUGCUUCACCGCCUGUGAAGCGACUCGCAGGUGGGGAGCCGGGGGCGAUCCUUACGCUGGUCCUUGCGCUUUGCGCCAUGGGCGCUUAAAAACCCGCUGCGCUACUGCCUGACUCCCCACAUUUUCAAUAUACAGAAUAUAUUAGCAAUUGAAAUCCAAUAUUAAGAAGUUCAUAUAUCUGCAAAAUAUAUUCAUAAAUAAUUUAUAAUAAGGCAAGUAGUGAAAACUUAUGGGAAACUCGUAUACUCAUUAAAAAUUGUAGUAAUGAUUGUAUGUUUUAACCUUUUAAAAUUACAUUUUAAUGGUAGGGGAGGUCACUCAGUAGACAGAUUUUUCUUUUUCAAUUUUUUAAGAAUAGAAACAGAAAUUGAGAGGGAAAAAGGAGAUCGUGAGUGGGAGAAAGACACUGGCAACACUGCUUCACUGUUCGUGAAGCUUCCCUCCCGCAGAUAGGGACCCAUUGCUUGGACAUUGGUCCUUGAACCCUGUAAUGUGUUUACUCAGCCAAAUGUACCACCACCCAGCCCCCCAGAGAGGUUUUUUUCUUUUUUUGAAUGUGUGUGAGAUCCUGGCUUCAACCCCUCACAUCAUAUAUGAUAGAGCAGUGCUUUCUUUCUCUCUUCUUAAUAAAUGAAUAAAUAGAUAAAUAUACAGGGUUAUUGACAACUUAAUAGUCAUAAAUAGAUUAAUGAUGAGAAAAAGUUAAAUGUGUUAAAUUUAAAAGUUUCCAUUUAUUAAACAUACUCUAAAUUUUUAUUUACUCUUAAUGGAGAUGUUUAUCAUUUUUUAAAAUCAUCAUCACUAUUAUUAUUUGAGGGCUUUACGCUAUAGCCUGUUGUGAAAAUUUAGAUACUGUACUUCCUAGAACUUGUUAAAUAUUCCAUUUACUCAGAGCAAAAAUGUUAAAUAGCAUGACAUAAAAGUAAAUAUUACAAUAUUAAAUACUGUUUAUUUGUAUAGAAUUUGUAAUAGUAAAAGUAAGUAGCAAAAAAAUAAAAUGGAAUGUUAAACACUGGUUCUUACACAAAUUUAAUUUUUCUCCCCUGCCAAUAAGUUAUAUAUUAUUUGGUUUUCAGUGGGACCUAGUCUGUAAUGCAAGGUAGCAUCAUUCAGGGAUAUUUCUCUCUUUCUUUCUUUUUUAUAAAAAAGGAAACAUUGACAAAACCAUAGGAUAAGAGGGGUCCAACUCCACACAAUUCCCACCACCAGAUCUCCAUUUCCCACCCCCUCCCUGAUAGCUUUCCUGUUCUUUAUCUCAGGGAUAUUUCUUUUAUUAACAGGUUAUACUAUUUCCUAGCUUACAAAUACCAAAACUCCCUUUUCAGUGGAGUGUCCUAUAGGUUGCUAACAUUUCUUUGGAGCGAGUACCAGUCUAUUUAUGCAAACGAGACAUUUCCUGGAUUCAAGUUUUUUUUUGUUGUCUCAAGUACUUUGACAUACAUGAUUAUGCCCACAGGUAACAGGAAACCAGGGUUUCAAAAGAAAGCUUGAUCACAUCCCAGAUAACACAGGUAUCCUAAACAAGUGCGUGAGCGCCUGGAGGCUUUUAGCUGCUGCCAGGAGUACAUAUUUUUUUGAUUGGUAAGAACUGCCAGAUGACGCUUCAUGAAAUAUAAAUGCAAGAAAGCCUCAGACAGAGCAAUAAAAAUCUUCCACGCGUCCGUCUAGGAGGAUAAGAGACAGAUACUGUUAGCGACUAUAGACAAUGACUGUUGGACUCCCAAUGUCAGUCUAUAUUUUAUUCAGUGCAAUGACAGCAUUGGCUGAGGAGGCAGCUAUGACUGUGACACCCCCAGCCACAAUCCUGCAAAGUAACUGGGCAGUUAACAAAACACAAGCUAACUCCACAGGAAGACCCAUAGCUUUGAAGUUCUCACAUCCUUGCCUGGAAGAUCUGAAUAGUUACUGUAUCAAUGGUGUUUGUGCAUUCCACCAUGAGUUGGAGAAAGCCAUCUGCAGGUGUUUUACUGGCUAUGCUGGAGAAAGGUGUGAACACCUGACCUUAACUUCAUAUGCUAUGGAUUCUUCUGAAAAAUACAUUGCAAUUGGGAUUGGUGUUGGAUUAUUAUUAAGUAGUUUUCUUGCUGCUUCUUACUGCUACAUAAGAAAAAGGUAUUUAAAAGUAAAAUCACCAUACAACGUCUGUUCUAGAGGAAGACCACUGUGAGACCUUUUGUAAUACGUCUUCAUGAGGCACUUGUCCAAAAUCACUGGAACCAAAACUGAAAUAUUCAAAUGAAUCAACAAAACUUCCAAGCUGGCUAAACUUGAAAAUAAUAGAAGUUGGGAUCAACAUGAAAUGGGAGAGUAAAAUUCAAGAUGGGUCUUCAGACUUUGCCAUCAUUAGGGUGCUGUGGGAGACAAGUGAACAAACUACACUGACAGAAAUCAAAUCUGUGGUCCUACUCUGGAUUUGCUGCUGCUGCUGCUGUUGGUUAUUGGUCUCCCAGUAGAGAGUGAAUUCAGUACCUCUGACCAUUUCUGAUGUGGAUUUUCAUGAGAGUAACUACUAACUGUAUAGCAAUCCAAAACAAUGCCAAGUUUGGGUACUUCAUGUGUUUGCUACCAACAGUUUGGACCAUUGCUUUAUGGAUCUAAUCCUAAAGAUGCUCCUUUCAAGGUGUUUCAAAGAAUGUGAUAUCAACUAGCAGGAUGAAAUCAAAGUUGCAGCACCUCCAGUGACCCAAACAUACACCUCAAGUAAAAGCACAAAUCUUAGUCUACUCAUAAUAACACUACGUGGCCUUUAUCUGUGAAAAAAAAUGGGAUAAUCUUCUUAUAAGUAGAAGUUGUCUGGAUAUGGAGCCAAGAGUAAGUAAACCAUUUCUGUUAUGGAUUAUAAAACACUGUGCUCUGAACUCAUUACCCCCCCCCCCAAAUGUUUGUAUUCAUCACUUCUCCUAAUCUCAGUGGAAUUACUUGGUGACUAUCUAUUUGGACUGAGAACCUCGAAUUCUACUAAUAAAUAAAACUCUAAAACUGAUCCUGAAAUAGAAACUGAAGAAUUGAACAGGAGAAUUUCAUUUCUCACCAGCCAACAUCUUGUGAAACUUACUAUUUCAGAAUACUUGAUAGCAGACUUGCACAUAAAGAGAAAAUGGAGCAGUGGUAGAAAUGACACUGGGAAUUAGUGUCCUUCUUUAAUCAUAUUUCUUCUAUGUGAUUCAAAGAGUGUUGUGGAGGUCCCUUAAUUUCUUUGGACUUUGAUUUUAUUUCUUACAAUGUCCUUCUAGCUUUAAGUUUCAUGAGAAAAGAGGAAAAAAGAAUUCUAUAUGCUGCAAAUGGGGCUUUCCUCAGCCUCACCUGGAUCCCUAACUCCACCUCUAAACACCCAAACAAACCACUGGAUAUCAUCUUAGGUAUCUGAGUGUUUGCUUUUGUAAAAUAAUAAUUUAAAAAGCUGUGUUUAUAGGAAGUAAAAAUGAAAUAAAAAUAAUAGUAUCUAUAAUUUUUCUUUUAGAGUCAACCUAAGCUUGUUUUUAUUAUGAUGUAGAUAAAUAAAGCAAUCUAGAUUAUGAUAUUUAUUAAAA